UCUCUUUUGAAUCCAAUGCGUGAGGAGUGGCCGGCUGACUUGUGGACGAAACAGUAUGCCGAACAUCCUGGUCCGACCAACACUAACCGCCAAUUCGCGACCGCUGGGACGACAUGUGGUUUUGUGGACAACACCAACCAGGCGGCGGGUUGGUUCAACAAUGUGACGGGUGUCAGCUGUGCCACGUCCAUUUUCGAGUGGGGGGGGGGGGGCUUGGGGGGCUCAGCGUCGGGCGCGUGUUCCCCACCAAAAAGGUUUUGCAGCUUAGAAAUUGGGUGGUGA